UUCAACCCUGCAGACCAGCGACUCCUUCUCUCGCGAGAUCAGUGGUUCCUUAGCAACCGACGUCAACAGCUCUAUCGAUAAAACUAACACCAAUGCUACGCUAUCUGUAAAGAUUCACGAAGUAACAUUGACUUUUCAAUUCAUAUAAUGGAGGAGACAGGACCGGUAAGAGAGGACACGUUUGAGUCCUUGGAGGAGUUCCAGAUGGUCCUCAAUGAGCUGGUUGGGGACAAGAGUAUGGAUAAGGUCCGGGUGGAGUACGAGAAGCUCAUCCAUGCGCUGAAGAAGUCCAGAGAGAAUGAGAAGAGGCUAAUGUCCAAAUGCAGAGAGCUGAAUGCAGAGAUUGUGUCAACCUCAACUAAAGUUGCAGCUGCCCUGAAACUGUCCCAGGAAGAUGAAAUAACAAUUGCUUCACUAAAGCGGGAGCUGGAUAAAGCUUGGAAAAUGGUUGAUGCUGCUCAUGAUAAAGAGAAGAGGGACAAAGAGACCAUCAGGAAUUUAAAAGAAGAAGUUGCCAACCUAAUCAAAAUGGCUGAACAAAAAACUGGCUUCUCUAUGGACCAAGAGCAGAGUGAUCUACUAAAAAUGAAUGAGGAGUUGACUAAGGAGAGGGAUCAGCUGCUGACAACUGUGGAGGGUCUGAGAGAAAAACUAAACAAGGCCACCACAACCCAGCAGGAGAUAGAGGCCCAACGAGAUAGUGCCUUAGAAAAUAUUUCUCAGCUCCAGCAGGAGUUCCAGGUACAACAGAAUGAGAUUUCCCGGGAGAUGAGGUUGAAGGAAAAGCUGGACAAGGAGGUGAAGCAGCUGCACACUGACAUAGAGGCCAAGAUGGGGGACAUCAAAGCUCUGAAUCUGCAGGGCCAAAGGGCCAAAGAGGAGCAGCAGAGACUGGAGCUGCAGCUGAAAGAGCUUAAGAUCUUGAAUGAGCGAUCCACCAAGGAGCUGGAGCAGAUGCAAGUGAAGAACACCAAGCUGCAGCAGGAGUGUGAGCAGCUCUCAUCAGUCAAAGAACAUCUCUCCUUGGCAAAUCAGCAGAACGCAAAUGAGCUCAAGAUGAGAGAAGAGGAGGUGAAUCAGAUGCGUCAGGAGAUUUCCAAACAAACAAAGAUGAGAGAAGCCAUCCAGAAGAAGUUCCACCAGAUGGAGGAUCAGAAAGCUGAUGUGGAUGUGCAGAGGGAGACACUGAAAGCUCAGAUCGCUGGUCUGGAGAAAGAUCUUGAAUCUUCCCAAAAGCAAGUUGAAGCUGACAGGAAAGCUAUAGACGAGCUGAUCCGAGAGAGAGACAUCUUAAAUAAGAACAUGAUCAAAGCUGCACAGUCGACUGAGAAACAGCAGAACCUUGUGAAGCUCCUCGAGCAGGACAAAAAGACCUUGGAACAUGAGAUCAAUGGCUACCGCCAGGAGGCCCAGAAGCAGCGUAAGAUCAUCCAACAACUGGAAAAAGAACGUGACCGCUACAUCAACGACACCAGCAACCUAAUGCAGAAGGUCCAACAAAAAAUGAAUGACGUUGAAGUAAGAGAGAUGGAGAUAUUUGAUUGGAGGAAGAAGGUCACUGAGGCAGAGUGCAAGCUCAAACAGCAAGAGAACCUGCUGGAGUCCGUCGUGUCUGAAAGAAACAUCUACAGCAAAAACCUCAUUGAGGCUCAGGAAGAGAUUGCAGAGAUGAAGAGGAAGAUGAAGACAAUGAACAACCAGGUCACCCGACUGAGAGAUGAGAUCACUGGGAAGGAGCUGGCCCUUGCCAAGGAUCAGCAGGAACACAAGCGCUUAGAGAAGGAUAAUGAGGCCCUCAAGGGGGAGCUGCAGUUGAUGAAGCUCCAGCUUGAAGAAACAAAGCAGCGUGUUGACAGUCAGAAAGCAGAACUGCAAAAACUGCAGAAGAUUAUAGCGGACGCUGAUGCUGAGCAGAUCCAACAGAAGAAGCAACUGGAACAGGUGAUUAGAGAGCGGGACAACCUGGGCAAACAGCUGCUACGCCGCAAUGAUGAGCGUGCGUUGCUGUGUGAGAAGAUCAGGAUCCAGCAAUCAAUCCUGAGCAAGGGGGACUUCCACUACCACCAGCUGAUGGAAGACAUUCGCCUGCUCAAGCUGGAGAUCAAGAGGCUCCGGCGCAAGAAGAGCAUCCUGGACAAGACUGUACCCAACACAGAGGACCUGAGGCGAGAGCUGUUCCACCUGCAGAGGGAGUUGCUUAGAGAGAGGACGAGGAACAGCAUCCUGGAGGAGCAGCUGAAGCCCAUAAAUAUUCACAGAUGGAGACGACUGGAGGGCAGUGACCCCGGCAAGUACGAACUCAUCCAGAAGAUUCAGUCCUUACAAAAACGACUGAUUGCCAAGACCCAAGAGCUUGAGGAACGUGAACUCCUAUUACAGGAAAAGGAGAAGCUGUAUGUGGAGCUGAAGCACAUUCUGGCCCGGCAGCCGGGUCCUGAGGCAGCUGAGCAGCUCCAGCAGUGCCAGUGGAUCAUCAGAGAGAGAACUAAAAAGCUCAAGGCGUUGAUAGCGGAGCUGAGAAUGCUCGACUCAAAGAUGAAUGAGUACAAAAGUGAGAAUCAGAGUUUAGCUAAUGAGCUAGCAAACAUUAAGAAGAAGUACCUCUUUGAGAAAAAGCUUCACAGUGAGCAGAGGACCAAGACCAAGGUGGAGCAGCUGGAGCCCCUGCCCCAGCUGAGCAGCAAACCUCAUUUCACUGGAGGAGGCUUCAGGAUUGACAACCCUGUGAGAAGAUAAUGGCCAUUAUAAUGGAAUAUAUUGUCAUCCAUCUGACAUCAUUUACAUAAUUUGAAAUGAAAAAAUAUCUAUUCGCACAUAACCUAACAUUAUCAGCAACUCAAAGUUGUUGUUUUUUUCAAAAACCCUGUAUUUUACCAUUAAGCAAUCAUGACCUCUCUGAAAAAGAAUUCACAAUGUAGAUGGAUGAUGUGUGACUUUAAUAAUGAUAACUUAAUGAUAAAAAAUUGCUGCUAAUUCCAUUUGGACAUCAGAAAGGUGUCCCUCAUCCCUCCCACCACACCAGGACUGCUUUCAGUCUGUACUAAAUCCUGUUCUAGGAGAUCAGUACAUAAAUCUUGAGCAACGCAUCAAGUCCCUAUCAUGUUCUCGUUCUUUCUAGCUUAGAAAAUCUUUGAAAUUAGAGUCUGUUGUCCAUACCUUUCUCUCAUCCCAAAUACACUACAGUAACUGUACAUCACAAGUGAAAAGUGGUAAAGCACAGAAGGAAACUGCAAAGCAUGUUAAGUGCGAGUUCUAAUUUGUUGACACACAGUGUGUCUUUAUCAAACAUGGUCAUGGUACAAACAGAAUGUAUAAAUAGUCCUCUUAAGCAUAUGGUUGGCUCUAAAUGGGAGUAAUGAUCAACCAAUCAUUUUAUGAAAAAUUCAAGAAAUCUCCAUAUCCCUUGAGAUCUAAACUAGGCUUUGGAAGCGACUUUUUAGACAGUACCAUAGAAGAACAUCACUCAGCACAUUGUGCUAUAUAUCCAGCUACAUGAAAUACAACCAUAAUAAACAUGGACAGGUUUCCUCCCAACAACUUCCACAUAACUCGUUUUAUAUGCAGGGUCAUAUUUUUUUCAAAUGAGGAGUCACUGUGGGAAGCACGUACUACCUUCUUGUUUAGUAAUGAGCCUGUGGGAAGGAAAAUGUAUUUAAAAUGCCAAAAUAAUCAAUUUCAUUCAAAGAUCAUUCGGCAGAAAAUAUAUUGCUGGUAGAUAUCACUCAAUAUUUGAAUUAUCCAAAGGAUGUCUUGUACAUUGUAAAAGUUCAUAUAAAGUCAUUUCCUGCCCGCUCCUUCUGUUUGAUCUGAUGAAGGUGUCAGCUGAAACAUACAGCUUUGAUACAGCAUACUGCUGUUCAAAUAAAGACAAUAGGGGAAGAUUUAAGUCUUCAAUUCCCCAGCUUCCAAGGCCACAGCACCAGCACAGAUCUGUUGGGGUUGAGUUGCUUCUUCAUUUGACCAUUCAAGCAUUUAUCACAGACUACUCAGUUGUCUGUUAUAAACCCUAUACUUCAGUUCAAUACUCAAACAUUCAAUUUCUUCACCUUAAAAGAAAAUGCUGCACAAUCAGUAAAUGUCUAAGGAAAAGAGAAAAUCUAAAAAAAAAAACCUUUGGUAGAGAGGAUACAGCAUACUGAGAAGAGCAUCGCGUCCUUCUCAAUAAAAGGAAGUAUAUUGAUCCCUCAUGCUUAUGUUUCUCCACAGUGUUCUCUCCAAUGCCAGGUUAAUAAAAGGUAUUGUUAAACACUCUGGCAUGUUAUGCCAGUGAUCAAAUCCCAAAAGAAAUUUGUGCUCAACUGUCGCUCUGCUCUUCAGCAAUCCAGAUACAUAAAAGAUCCCAAAAAAAAGUGCCCAGUUUAUUAACUCAGCCAACUACUGCAAGUCUGCCCGAGUUUAAGAAAAUAGUAAAGAAAAGGUUUUGUGCUGCAGUUUCCUUCUGGACUCCACCACUAACGUGAUCUCCUGUACUAAAUGUUGACUUGUCCAUCUCUGAGAGUGUGUGGCGCUAGGCUUUAUAGAGGUGAUGACGUCAUAGCUGUGUUUGGCAGUUUAUCCAAUAGAAACCCAGUGUUUGGAUUCAAGCCUAAAUCUCAUGUUUAACUGUGAAUUAAUGUCUGGUGGAGAUUUGGCGCUAUUUUACUGUUUGGCCCGUGCUUUCCAUUCAAGCCUUGGGUCCAAGCUUUGCCUUUCCCAACUGGGCCGCUGUCUUUUGUUCUCCACUCGUGGUGAGGCCUAACAUAUUUCAUCACAAAUCCUAAAAUAUAUGCUGUUCAGAAGCCUUUGUCUGCAGUAUAUUUACUGAAGAGAUUUAAUAAAAAAUUAAUGUAUAUUUGGGACUUUUUUUCAGGCUUUGUCAUGUCUGAUAUUUAAGACAAAACUUUGCACAGAUUUCUUUUUUUUUUUAAAGCAGAACAGACAGAUCAGAAUUGUCUGCACCAGAACUUAUCAAAAUGUCAUCUGUUAUGAAAAAAUCCUUUCAGCCCCAGUCUAAACAGCACACAAAUGCACAUUUUUGACUUGUGCAUAUUCUUAGGAUAUGACAAGGGAAAACCAGCAGUUUCUGACUUAGUUAACAUUGUUACGAUCAUUAUGGAAGAAAUGAGUCAGGCUGUAAGAACUUAGAAUCUGAUUGUCUCAGCAGGGUUAAGUAAAUAUUUCUACAUAGGAAACUGUUUAUCUGUCACUUAAACCAUUCCUUUAUUACCAAGUUAUGGCGAUAAUAUAUAAUUAUUACACGUAUGGAGGAACCAUUGAGACACAUUACCCUACAAAACAAUAUGUCCCAUGACACUUCAGUGAUGGAGUAGUGCUAGGUAUAAGAAUAAAAGCUGAUAAUUAACUUAUCCCAAUCAGCCAGAGUUCAUGUUGUGUGCAGGGACUGAACAUGUGAUUUUUCUAAUUAAACUUAUCUUGCAGUCAUCUGAAGCAAAAGACACAUAUCACACUGCAUUGGUGCCCUCUAUUGUUGAAUCACCAUCAAUGCAGGUGCAAGUCACAGCCCUGGGAGCACCCAGGGGUCAAGGGUUCAUGUUUUAUUUUCUGCAUCUAUCAUAUUACAAAAAGUGAGAUUAUAUGUGGCAUCGUCACCCUCUUUGUCUCUUGAGCAGGUUAUUUACAUGAUGUCCCUGUGAUCACCACUACAUGUCAGCAAAAUAUAGACUGACAAGACAAAAAUACAUUCCAUCUCCUGCUAUACUUUUAAAAUACAUGGGUGAAAAGAUUUUUUUUAAUUUUUUGUUAUCUAAAAUUAUUAGGUACAGCAAUAUUGUAUAUUUUGUAUUAUAUGUGUAUCGGACACUCAAUUAAAGGCUUUGCAUGAGCUACAGAAUGGAAUUAUUAUCACCAUCUCAUUCUGUUGAUGUUGAACAGUGCAAUUCAUUCACCGUAAUUCCUGGUGAUCCCAGGACUCCUGCUGCAGUAUGCCGCUAUGAGGAUGUGUUCUUUGAUCUGAAUAGUUUUAGUUCUCCCAUCGUCUCGCUUUGGCAAAUUAUGACACACAGGCAAACACACAUAAACUGCUGUCGUCCUGUAGUGUGGGCUCCAUACAAGAAAAGAAAAUUUAGUUUUUACUCUAUGGUAAAGCCGCAGAUUGGGUCUGUGAGAUUUAUAUGCAGUGGAAGAAGAAUCUUCCUUAAAGACUUAAUUCAGGGCAAACAGUGUUCCUGGGUCCCCAGCUACUGAUCCUUGUUUAGGCUUUGUUGAAGCUCGUUAGCAGGUGUGCUUAUCAGUGACAUCAGCUGCUGAAGUGUUUGAGUGGAAUGAACACACACUGGAUCUGUUUCUAUCCAAUUAUAACUGAACAGGUAUCAUUGUUUAAUGACUACAAAUAUUCACAUCAUUUGUCUUAUGCAUAAUUGGUGUAUGUUCACCACAACCAAUUUAAACAAUAAGAUGCUAAGAUUUAGUAUAAAAAAAAAUUCACUGCAAAUUUAAGGAGGAAUAUGCAGCUUUUUAAGUGCAGAAUAGCUAUUUCCAUACUAACCAUGCUGCUACAAAUCACAAAAAUUCCCAUUUCUACAUAUUUACAGUAUUCAUAGCUUAUGUAUAAUUUGCUCUUGUUAAGCUAAAAUCAGGCCAUAUACUGUGUCCCACCUCCUCAGACAAAGCCAGUACAUUUACAGCCAACUCUGGUGGCGUUCGCAGUAGUUGAAAAGGUGUAGAAAGAGAGAGUUCUCUCCGUAUCCCUUCUGUUGCUUGUGGAGUAAUUCCUUUGCCAGUGCAAUUACAGUAUAACCAUGGUAACCAGCGUCUGUGCAGUGCUGGGCUGUGUGAGCUACGUUGCCGUAGUAAUGGGAGGCCUCUGACUGGCCAAAUCCAAAUCUCCUUUCUUCUCCCCCUGUUGUGUGGGGAAGAAGCAGCUGCUUAGCGAGGCUGGUUGGUCGUGAUGCUUCCCAAAUUGUUCUUCGCUGUUGAUGAUGAAAUGUGUGCAUACACACGGCAUGUACUGCAUAUUGUGUGCUCAAGUGUUUUUAGAUACUGUAUGUAGGUAUAGUGAGUACGGUGUGUUCUGUGGUGUGAGAUUUUAUUUUUUAACCAAGCAGGUAGGCACAGCACCUCCUGUGUACUGACGCCAUGUGUUCAGUGAAACUGUCUGCAGCUUCUCUCUUUGUCUUCGCCUGUUGUAUCUGCUUGCCAAUUUCUAAAAUCAUGGUAUCUAUUUUGGGAGCACUAAAAACACUUAUUUUCACUGACAAGUUUUCAGUUCUGUCCUAAUCACCAGCUUGGAGUACACACAAAAUAUAGCAUUUUUAUCAGUAGAGUCACAUUUAUUGGGCUAAAGGAAAAAGUCCAAAAUACAUCAUCCCAUCACUGUUUAGAAUAUGUUAAAGAAAUGUGUGCAUCAUGAACAAGUCCUCAGUGAAACACACUCUGACUCCUUACUUUCUCAUUUCUCUCAAACCCAUCAGGCUGUAAAAAGCUUAAUCUGUCAAAUCUGCUCAUAUCUGAGAGCUGGAUGUUCCAGACCUCAAAGAUAGCCAUAUUAUUAUAUUUCCCAGUCGGAGUGCAUUCUGGGUGUGAUGGCGUGAACUGUUACGUCAGUGCAUGUGUUUAUUCUCAUGUAGCCGAGGCUUUUAGACAGGAGGUCACAGACUGAAAGCAGGGAUUAUGCAGAUUUUGAAGCAUGCUGUGAAGGAGAGAUGGGCCAUUUGGCAUUUUUCAUUAGCAUCUAUUUUUUAUUUAUUGUCUUAAAUUGAUAUUUGAAUUAAUUUCAAGAAGAUCCUUGUUUUACUGAGUCUUUUAUUUUCAAAUUUCCAAUAUUGGCUGUAGUUUUUGUUAUCAUAUGAUUUCACUUUGAGAACUGCCUGUGAAAUGAUGUAGUGAAAAGCAAUCAGUACAGGGGAUUCUCCGGUAAAACUCUUUUAUUUCUUGACAUAUCUUCUCUUUAUAUAUCUAUUAAAGACAUUGACUCUUUGUGC